UCAGUGGCGGCGUUGCUUUUGCGGCUCCACGUCGGCAGCAGCUGCGGGGCAAGAUGGAGGCGCUGAUUUUGGAACCCUCCCUGUACACGGUCAAAGCCAUCCUGAUCCUGGACAAUGACGGAGAUCGCCUUUUUGCCAAGUACUAUGACGACACGUACCCCAGCGUCAAGGAGCAGAAGGCCUUUGAGAAGAACAUUUUCAACAAGACCCAUCGGACUGACAGUGAAAUCGCCCUCUUGGAAGGCCUGACAGUGGUCUACAAAAGCAGCAUCGACCUCUAUUUCUAUGUGAUCGGCAGCUCCUAUGAAAAUGAGUUAAUGCUCAUGGCUGUUCUGAACUGCCUGUUUGACUCGCUGAGCCAGAUGCUGAGGAAGAAUGUAGAAAAGCGGGCUCUGCUGGAGAACAUGGAAGGGCUCUUCUUGGCUGUGGACGAAAUCGUCGACGGAGGGGUGAUCUUAGAGAGCGACCCCCAGCAAGUGGUACACCGGGUGGCACUGAGGGGUGAAGACGUGCCCCUUACAGAGCAGACAGUGUCUCAGGUGCUGCAGUCAGCCAAAGAGCAGAUCAAGUGGUCACUCCUUCGGUGAUCAAGUGGUCACUCCUUCGGUGAUCAAGUGGGCACUCCUUUGGUGAAGACCCCAUUGUCCCUGGUUCCUCACCCCUCAAAAACCCCACCUCUGCUGUGACUACUCAUCUAGUCCCCCAACUGAUGUUCUCAGGGUCAUCCCGGGAUCACAAGAGAUCCUUAAGUCUCCACUCCCUCUGUGGUUGGCCACCCCCACCCUUACCUGGAUCCUUGCCCCUCAGUCUUGCAGUUCUGGGGGUACAGCUCCCCACAGAUUUGUACCGAGAGCAGGGAGAGCACCCCUGUCUAGGAAGGAGCUGGAAUAUGCUCCAGACACCCCCCCAUUGCCUCAUAUUUGCGCCUCAACUUCUGUGUCCUUUGCAGCCACACUUCAGAGCAGGAGAAACAAUGUCCUGAGUAAUUUUCCCCCUUGCCUUUGCCCGGCCUUCACCCCCACAGAGGAGGGGCGGGGUAGAGGUAUGGCCAGCCCCAGCCCCAGCUGCAGCCACAGCCCACAGCCCCACUCUGGUUUAGGAGCUUUCUCUGCUUCCUCCUCACUGUCCGAUUUUCCAGCCUUGGGAAAAGGCCGGGCUCACAGGCAUAGCCGGCUGGAGCAAGCAGUGAUUGCAGGGUCCCGGACAGGGCUCCGAAAGUCUUGCUCAGUCACAGCUGCCUCUUGUACCGGGCCUGGCUUCUGGCUUCAGGGCGCUGUGCUGCCUUGCAGGAGAGUGGGGUGUGGUGGCCGGCACCUUAACUGGCCACCUUUACUCUCCAGGGCCUUUGCCCGGCUUGUCCUUUCUGUGGCCUGGAGCAGGGCCAGCCACCGAACUAAAACUCCUUUCUAGUCUUGGGAAGAAGAGUUUCUGUCAGAACUGGGGAGGGGUUUAGGGCUGAGCCUCUGGGCUCCCUGGUCCCCAGCCCCUUGGCUGCCCCUCCCCCACGCUCUCCUGGGCCCUGGGCCUGCCUCUCUGCUGAACCCUCUCCUCUGCCUCUGCCCACAUCCAGGCUGUAGGCCUCGGCUCUUCACUCCCGGGGUCAAUGAGAGAGGUGCCUUUUUUCAGAAAACCUUUGGGGUGUAGCUUCACCCUGAUGAUGGAGGAUAGAGCACUCACCCUUUGGCCCCAAACCUUCCCACAAAAAUGCCUCAGAAAACCUUCCUGAGCCUGAAGGGCUCUGCCCUACCCAUCAACUGCCAGUUCCCCAAGACUGAAGGAGGGGGGGAGGAUAACCGGGCACAUCCGAGGGGCAUUUGCGGGAGAGUUGUGUGGAGCCAGGAGACGCUGCCUUCCCGGUGCAAAGAGGAAUAAAACGCAUUUCUUUUUCCAAA